UUUUUCACUCGCUCUUAUUUUGGAAACUAUAUAUCAAUAUUGGUAUUUGUGGCCAUUUUUUAUUUGAAAUUUUGUCCCGGCAAUUGUCUCACUCUCGUAGAUAGUCACACUCACACAGAGUUUAUUCAACCCAUCCGCGUGUCUGUCUCCAAAAGGUCUACAGACUGAGACUCACAGACAUAGCGAGUGUAAGACAGAGGAGGAAGUGGGAAGUGGAAAGUGAAAAUGGGGGGAUCUGGGUCUGAGAAAUUUGAUCAUCCGUAUGUGCCAAGAGAUCUAAAGCUAGAAGGAUAUGUGCCAGUCUUCCUCUCACAGUCCACCAUUGUGGGGGUAUAUGGCGUGUCUUCAUUGCUCGUGUUUUUUCUUGUCUGGUUCCUCUCUGGGCGAUCACCCAAGAGAUCAAGAAUUGACAGAUGGCUCAUGUGCUGGUGGGCUUUCACAGGCCUCACCCACAUGAUACUUGAAGGUUAUUUUGCUUUCUCUCCAGAAUUUUACAAGGAUAAGACUCCUUUCUACCUGUCUGAAGUUUGGAAAGAAUAUAGCAAAGGUGAUUCAAGAUAUGCAGCUAGGGAUGCAGGAGUUGUUGCGGUUGAAGGAAUCACUGCAGUUUUAGAGGGGCCGGCUUGCCUUCUGGCAAUAUAUGCUAUUGCUGCUGGAAAGUCAUAUAGCUAUAUACUUCAGUUUGCCAUUUCUUUGGGGCAGCUGUAUGGAACUGCUGUGUACUUCAUUACUUCUAUACUGGAAGGUGAUAACUUUGCUACAAGUUCAUAUUACUACUACGCAUACUACGUCGCAGCAAAUGCCUCCUGGGUCGUAAUACCCACGCUUAUCUCCAUCCGGUGUUGGAAGAAGAUCUGUGCAUCAGUGGCGUCCCAGUCCCAAGGCCAAAAAAAGGCAAAAACUCGCUGAGGUUGACUUAAGCUGAGCGCUUCCAAAAUUGAUCUAGUAUCAGCUUUAUGCAAGUUUCCAUAUCCUUAAUAAUAAUUUUCUCAAGUUGCAAGACUCUUGUAUGAUUCACAAACAGUAGCUUAAAAGAUCAGUCAUUAAGAGAUAAUACCCUUUUUUUGGGGUUUCAAUUGUUCUAGCAUUGAGAUUGAUUUUGUGAUUCAGUUUUCUGUUAUUGAUUUAACUAUAAAAAGAUAAAAGUACAUUAUUAUUUGA